UGUGGGGUGCGCAUGUUCGUCUGCGCGCUUUGCAGGCGGUUACUGUGUGGUUGCUCAUGCAAAGCACACAAUCUCGGUGACAGGAAAACGACUUUCGGUUUCAGAUGCGAAGCGUUCCGUCUGUGUUGUGAGUUUCGCUACUCCUGAAGGCAGCGAUGGGCACGGAGGAGUACCCUGUGUUUUUUGACGUGGUCAAUCUAGAGGAAAAACAGAAGGAGAGGAUCGAGAAAUACUUUCAGAUAAGGAGAAAGUCUGGCGGGGGCGAGUCUGGUCAGAUGGAGAAGGUCGGACCCAACACCUACAAGAUCGCCUUCAAACAACGAGACGCUCAGGAGCGGGUUCUGCAGAGAGGAGAGCAUGUGCUGGAGACUCCGGAUGGCUGCACGCAGCUGUGUGUGCGCAGACGUCUGCAGGCAGACACACCACCGUCACACACACGAAAGGGUGAUUCGGGGGUAGCAGUGCCCCCUGGCGUUGGAUCUGCAGAGGCGCAGGCAGAGAGGGUGUGGCAGCUGGACCCGUACCUGCUGCGUUACCUGGGAGACAGCCCUCAGGCAGCACGCUUCCUGCAGCUGCAGCUCACUGCGCUCGGCUGCUCCGCGCAGCUCCGCCCAGAGGCGGGGCAGGUGCUGCUGACGGGCACGUCCGGGGCGGGGCAGUGGGAGGCACAGGUGGACGAGGUUUUCGGGAAGGUGCAGGACAGGUAUCGCUGCCACUAUGAGGCGGAGCCACAGAGGGUGGCGGUGCUGCUGCAGCGCCGCCUGCUGGCCGGCGAGGGCGAGGGCGAGGGUGAGGGCGAGGGCGUGCGGGUGUACGGCCAGCCGGGGGAGGGCUUCGCCGUGCUGGUGGGGGAGGGGCCGCAGGUGGCUGAGCGGCUGAAGCUGCUGCAGACCCUGCUGCUGCAGGAGGGCCGCGGUGACAUCAGCAGCACCUGCCGCCUCGGCCGGGCCAGACUCCGCCUGCUGUGGGAGGAGCUGCAGCGGGACCUGAGGGAGCUGGCUCCCGCAGUGCGGCUGUCCCGCAGCAACCCGGCCCAGCUGCUGCUGGAGGGCCCGGCCGCGCAGGUGCGCUUGGCCCGGGACCGGGUGCAGGAGAGGGCGGGGGGGGUGGCAGAGCGGGCGGUACAGGGCGUGUCCCCGCAGCUGCUUUCUUUUCUGAGGGAGGAGGGGUCGGGGGCGCUGGGGGCGGUGUUGGGGGGUGGCUCCGCCCCCGUGGAGGUGGAGCUGAGUGACACUGAGCUGCGGCUCCUGUCUCUCUCCCCGGGGGCGGUGGAGGAGGCGCAGAGCACCCUGCUCCACACCUUCUUGGAGGAGGAGGUGCAGCUGGCAGACGCCGCUCUCCUUCCCCUCCUGAAGGAGGCGCUGAAGGCGGAGGAGCUGCGUCUGAACCAGGGGAAGCGCAGGGUUGGGGUGCGGUACAGGAGCUCGGGGGGGGCGGGGUGCGGCAGCGUGCAGCUGCUGGGCUACAGGAAGGAGGUGCAGGCCCUGAGGGAGCGGCUCCGCAGCUUCCAGGAGCAGCAGGAGACAGUGGAGGAGGCCAUGAUUCUCCCCAGCCGGGAGGUGGCUGACAGCCUGUCCGAGCUGCUCGCCCUGCUGGGCCUGGACCUCUCAGGGGUGCAGCUGACCCCCGCGCGCCCUCCGCGCCCCGCGGCCGUGCUGACGGGCUCACGACAGCGGGUGGCUGAGGUGCGGGGGCGGGUGGUGGCGGCGCUGGGCUCCGUGGUGCAGGACGAGCUGACCCUGGAUCAGCCGGGCGCGCUGCGCUUCUUCCAGGGCUCGGGCCGGGAGUACCUGCAGGCGGUGGGCCGCACCCACCGCUGCCUCAUCCAGCUGCAGGGGCUGGGGCCCGUGCCCCGCGAGGAGGGCGGGGCCAGCUACCGCCUGCGGGGGGGUCUGUGCGUGCGGGUGCGGCGGGGGGAUAUCACCAUGGAAACGGCGGACGCCCUGGUGAAUGCGGCCAAUGAGGAUCUGGAGCACUGUGGGGGCGUGGCGGCGGCGCUGAGCGGGGCGGGGGGGCCGCAGGUGCAGCAGGAGAGCCGGGCGCUGGUGUGGCGCGUGGGCAGGGUGCCGACGGGCGGGGCCGUGGAGACCGGCCCCGGGGCCCUCCCCUGCCGUGUUCUGCUGCACGCUGUGGGGCCCACCUGGGCGGGUGUGGCCGGGGACGCGGCGCGGGCGCGGGAGCUGCUGGAGAGCGCUGUGUGGGCGGUGCUGCGGCAGGCGGAGGGGCGGGGCUGCCGAUCGCUCGCCAUGCCUUGCAUCAGCUCCGGCAUUUUCGGCGUGCCGCCCGAGCUGUGCGCCCGCGCCAUCGUGGGCGUGCUACGCAGUUUUGGUGAGACCCCGCACUCCCUCACCUGCGUCACCCUGCUGGAUGUGAGCGAGGAGGUGGUGAGGGCCAUGCGGGACGCUUGCGACGCUCUGCUGUCUGUGGGGAGCGCUGCAGAGGCCGCAGGGGGGGGACACGCCUCCGCUGCACUCUACCCCUCUCUGCCCCCAGCAGACCCUGCAGCUCCUGCAUCCCGGGUGCAAGUCCGGGUCAUCCUGGGAACUGUGGAGGAUCAGAAGGUGGAUGCUGUGGUCUCGCCCAUGCUGGGGUCUGAGCUGACGUCCUCCCGGGUGGGGAAGUGCCUGAAGGCGAAGGGUGGGGCGGGGCUGGUGGCGGCGUUUGAGCGGGCGUGUCGGAGCGGGGGCGGCGCGGGGGCGGAGCUGCUGCAGGUGGACGGGGUACCUGGUCUGCUGUGCAGGUGUGUGCUGUUUGCUCGGUGCCUGCGCUGGGACAGGUCCUUCCAGGGCCCCGCUGUGGAGGCUCUACGCCGGGCGGUCAGGGCGGCUCUGAGCGUGUGCGAGACCCGGGUCUUCCGCUCCGUGGCCUUCCCUGCCAUCGGAACCGGCGCCGCUCUGGGCUUCCCUCACCAGCUGGUGUCCCGGGUUCUGCUGGAGGAGAUCCAGCAGCAUGAACAGAACCGAGUCUCUGCAGCCGACUUCCUCAUUCUCCUUGUCAUCCACCCCAGCGAAGGCCAGUCUGCCGCCGCAUUCCAGGCAUCCCAGCAUGCUCUGAACCUGAGCGGCUUCCGGACAGAAACACAUCCAGAGCAGGCUUCAUUCUAUCAGCACCUCUCCUCCAAUCAGAAUGAGGUCACAGCGAUGGUGGGAGGAGUCAAACUGCAGCUGGUCUUUGGCGACAUCGUCAGGGAGACGACUGAUGUCAUUGUCAAUUCCACUGAUUUCUCAGGGCAUCACACUGGUGUGUCCAAGGCCAUCCUGACUGCUGCUGGGCACAGUGUUCAAACUGAGCUCGACAGAGUGAGGUCCCCAGCGGAUGGGAUCUUCGUGUCGCCGGCGGGCGGGCUCUCCUGCCAGGCCAUUGUGCACGUGUGCGGCCAGGCGGAGCUGAGCCGCGUCAGGAGGCUGAUGGGGAAGGUGCUGAAGCUGUGUGAGCAAAAGGGAUUCCGCUCCGUCGCCUUCCCCGCAGUGUGCGCUGGUGCAGCAGGGCUGGACUGCAGCGCGGUCUCCAAGGCGAUGCUGGAUGGCAUCGGCUCGGCGGUGAGAGACUCGUCCUUCCUCUCUGUCUCUGUCAUCCGCAUCAUCCUCCUGCUGCAGUCCGUCUUCCUGGCCUUCAGGUUUGAGCUGGAGUGCAGGUUUGGAGCGAUGGCUCCCAGCCCCACCCUACGAGAGAGGGGGAGGCAGGUGUGGAGGGGAAUUCGGGACGCCCUCACCCCCUCCCACAGCGUGCGCUCCUCAGACAGCAUGGCAAUGGCGCUGCCGUCAUACCGCCCCCCCCCGGCGGUGCUGCGGGUGCUGGGGCCGGGCCUGCAGGAGGUGCAGGGGGCACAGACCGCCCUGCGGGGGGUGCUGCUCAGGCAGCUCUUCCAGAAGGAGCUGUGGGAGGAGGAGCUGCAGCAGCUCAACCCGAGCGAGAGAGACGCACUGCUGGAGCUCGCCCGAGACCGGGGGGUGAGCGUGGAGCUCGCCCGAGACUGGGGGGUGAGCGUGGAGCGGGGCCGGGCCGGGGGGGUGAGCGUGGAGCGGGCCCGAGACCGGGGGGUGAGCGUGGAGCGGGCCCGAGACCGGGGGGUGAGCGUGGAGCGGGCCCGGGCCGAGGGGGUGAGCGUGGAGCGGGCCCGUGACCGGGGGGUGAGCGUGGAGCGGGCCCGGGCCGAGGGGGUGAGCGUGGAGCGGGCUCGUGACCGGGGGGUGAGCGUGGAGCGGGCCCGGGCCGAGGGGGUGAGCGUGGAGCGGGGCCGGGUGGUGCUGCGGGGCCUGAAGGAGGAGGUGCUGGAGGUGUGUGACGGGGUGCAGCGGGCUCUGAGCGGCGCCCUCCGCAGGCAGCUGCAGGAACGGGAACAGGCGCUGGUGGCGCUCAGCGUACAGUGGGCCCUCAGCACCCCUGCUGGAGGCUGGGCGGAGGUGGACAGGCCGACCAAUUGCCUGCUUGAGCAGGCGUUCCAGAGGGGCGUGGCCUGUGUGGACAUCCGUCACGGCCCCGAUGGGGCGGUCUUUCAGGUGCAGCCACAGGUGCGCCGGGCCACCAAUCAGAACACAGGAUACACCUGUGACGUGAAGAGAGUCGAGCUGCUCACAGGCUUCAGCCUCCCUGCCUGCUGGGACGCUCUGGCCCCUGGAGAGCCGCUGAGGAGAGUGCAGCUCCAGCCCGGAUCACCUGAGUACCACACAGCAGCACACGGCUUCCUGCAGACCUGCCCCCAGCACAACAUACAGGCUAUUGAACGUGUGCAGAACCGGCACCUGUGGAGAGCGUUUUGGGGAAAGAAGCAGCAGCUGGAGGAGAAGAACGGGCCGGGGCAGGUGGGGGAGACGACGCUGUUCCACGGCACGCUCAGCCAAGCCUGCGACUCCAUCGAGAAAGGAGGGUUCAACAGGAGCUUCGCUGGAGCUCACGUGGGGGCGCGUUUCGGCGUGGGGGUGUACUUCGCAGUGAAGGCCAGCUACUCCGCCCAGCCGCUGUACUCGCCGCCGGACGGGGCGGGGCUACGCUACAUGUAUGCUGCGCGCGUGCUGACAGGCCGCUACACCACGGGAAAAUCCGGCAUGAGGGUCCCGCCCCCACGCUCCUCCGCCGACCCCAAUGACCGCUUCGACAGCCUGGUGGACAACGUGCAGAACCCCAACAUGUUUGUCAUCUUCCACGACGACCAGGCGUACCCCGAGUACCGAAUCACCUUCAAAUGACCACUGUGCUCCUCCCAUCUCCUGCUUUAGCUUUACCUGUGAUGACCUCAUCAUCAUAAUCAAUAUGUCAAUCAGUCAAUCAAUCAAUCGAUCAGAUCUUAUUUAAGUUAUUGGUAUUUAGUUAUAUUCCUAAUGAAAUCCUAAUGAUCAUUAUUAUCAACCAUUACUAGCAUUAACAAUGAGAACAGCUGUAUAACAGAUUAUUAAAAUCAACAUCAUAACUCAGACAUCCUUAUGUUCAAAAGGUUAGAUCUGACAGAGACACAGUCAGCAGAACAUUCCCCAGCGGUCAUACACUGCCCUCUUGAGGACAGUUUAUUUAUACAUGUUCAUUCUCUUUCUCUCUCUCUGUCUAUGAAAUUUUUAC